AGCUCCGAUUGGAUGACACCGUAACCGUUAAAAACGUCGACAGACUAUGAUUAAAUGGAAGUUCUGUGUCCAUGAUGCAAGAUCUUUGAUCAGAUGUUGUGUCUGUGUUUGACAAGAUACUCUUUGGUGUGUGAUGUCCGAAACCGCGAGAGUGAAAUGUGUGAAGAUUAAAUAGACGAAUUUAGAAAGAAUUUCUCCAUUGGAAAUCUGUGGAUAAGUUGCAGCAAAGUGUGAGUGGUCUAAUUUUGGAGUCUGUGUAAGGUAGUUUAUUAUAAUUUCUUAUUAGUAAGUGAGUUAAUGAUUUUCUAGUGCAAUUAUGGCUCUUGCUAAAACAAGAGAUCGCCGUAACAAUGCGGGAGCUCGUAUGGCCAAACUUCUUGAUGAAGAAGAAGAAGAUGAGUUCUACAAAACUACAUAUGGAGGUUUCAAUGAAAUUGAAAAUGAUGAUGAUUAUCAUUCUGAAGAGGAAGCAGAGGAUGAAGUAGAUUCUGACUUUAGUAUUGAUGAAAAUGAUGAACCUGUGUCAGAUCAUGAAGAGGAAGGACCAAAAAGAAGCAAAAAAUUGGUCACUAAAGCUUAUAAGGAACCCGAUCCUGUCAAGAAAAUUGAAAAACCAUCUGAAGCAAAACCAAAGAAAACUCGGAAGAGAAGAGUUCAUAUUAUGUUAGACAACUAUGAACGUAAAUCAAUUCGAAGAUCAACUGCUGCAAAAUCUGCUGAAACACUACAGAGGUUAAAGGAACGCUCAGAGGAAGGUAGAAAGCGGCGGCGCCGAAAGACUACUGAUAUGCGCAAACUGACUCAAGAAGAACUUCUGGAGGAAGCAAAAAUCACAGAGGAAGAAAAUCUUAAAUCAUUGGAAAAAUUCCAGAAAAUGGAACUUGAGAAAAAGAAAACUAGAUUGGUUAAGAAAACUGUUCUUGGCCAUACAAUUUGUUACCAUUCACUUAUCAUGCCCUUAGUCGAAGUGUUAAAACCUUCACAUGAAAGUCCUAUUACAGUGGAUGAAGAGCCAAGUAGCAGUAGUCAAGAAACUGUUACUCCAACUCCAGAAGUAAAAAGUGAAAUUGGUCGUUUCGAAGAAGGAAAAUGUGAAAGGACUUUCAUUACUUUCUCUGAUGAGCGAUCUUUUAAAAAUUUAUUUUCUUCUCGAAAGAAACAAUCUUGUCUACAAAAGAGUAUCUGCCCGAUUUCAAGGUUGCCAGCUAGGUACUUUGAUCCAGUGACAGAACUUCCAUAUGCAAACUUACAAGCAUUUCGCAUUCUCCGUGAAGCAUAUUACCAGCAGCUUGAAGCAAAGGGUGAUCGAACAAAUCCUAGUGUUGCACGGUGGAUAGAAUGGCGCAAAACUCAACGUGAAAAAAAGACUGCUUUUCUUCAACAAAUUGGUCGUGCAAAAGAUCAACAAGGAGCAGCUGGUGGAGGUACAGCAUCAGUUCCUGCUGUAACCACUCCAAUUCCUACUUCAGGUGUUAAUCCUACAGUUUCUGGGCCUGUUGCAGCAGCUCUAACAGGAUCGAUGUCUGUUCACCAGGGUACAUGAAUUUUUUUAGGUUGAGAAAAAUGACAGAAAUUAAAUUUGGUGGGUCAAAUCAAAAACUCACAUUUUAUUUGAGUGAAAACAAGUGUUAUAAACUGUCAGUAUUUUCACAUAUGAAAUAACUCAGUUUUGAUUUUAAGUAAUGUAAAUUAAAUAUAUAUAGAUAUAGAUAUAUAGAUAUAAUAAGUGAUUUAAAUAAAAAUAAGGGCACCUUUUAGCCUUUUAUAUAUAAACCUUAUAUACAUAAAAAUAUAGUGUUACCCCUCCCUGAGUGGUCUCUUAGUGCUUCACCUCUAUUUGUCACGUUGAAGUAGCAAUGAAGAGAAACAAGGGAGACCAGAGUGGAAUGCUCCAGAAGUUUUUCUGCGCACAAGUUAUGCGAAUCAGGCCCCCUAUGGUGAAUGUGGACGACUCAGGGAAGGAUGGCGAGGUAUUUAUAUUUAAAACCACACUCAGAAUUCAUUCGUCAUUAUGUCAAAGUACACAGUCUAAAGGAAAUAUUUCUUACAUUUAUUUACAAGCUUAGAUUACAAUAUUGAACAACUAUUUAUGUGAUCAUCAUGAAAAUCUUUCAUCUAAUUGCACUUAUUGAUAGUUUCUCAUUGCCCAGCCCUGGGUCAGUCUAAAUUGUUUCAUUUUUGAUGCCAUUUUGAGAAUUUAUUGUUCUUAAAUUUUCUGGUAUUUAACAUUGACACAUUAUUCUCUGAAUGUUUCUCUCUUAACAAAUGUACCUUAUUGUAUCUUUUUAAUGACAAAAACCUAUGUGUAGAUUAUCUUUUUAUUUUAUCAUGUCAUUUCAAUGAUAAUAUUCAUUUUCUUUGCAUCUAAUUACAAAACAAUAUUGACGUUUCCUUUGGUGCAUGUAAGGAAGUAGUGACAUUUGCUUUACAAAUAUUUAGUUCCACCAAUUUUCCAAAAGAAACUAUUUCUUAUCGUUCUAUAUUUAGUUACACAUUUUGUUGAUAUAUCUUUAGUUGUCCAUUUUUUAAAGAUUUUGAUAAAAUUUAAAUUUCAGUAUCGGAAUGAAAUUGGUGGAAUUACUAUUUUGAUACAUAUCCAAAUAUAAUGCUGUGAACCUUUUUGUAAUAAUGUGGAGGCUUGUGAUUUUUUUUCUGAAGGCAAGAAUAGCGAGAAAAAGAUCUCUUUCAAGUUUUUCAUUUAUUUAUUGAUUUCGCUCCAACUAUUGUCGGCGCGCCCACGACAAUACCUGGCACCAGUCACAGAAUACUAAGCCGACAAACACCUUUUAAAAAAUCACUUUAUAAAGUAAUAUUUUUGUUCUUUGAUAAACAGGUUUAACUUUAACCACCAACAUUAUUUGAAACUGUUAAUAUAUUGUUAAUACCGGUUGAACUCCUAGUAGGUAACCAUCACCUUUUCUUAACAUACACAUGGCUUUGUCGUGCCUACUCAUCCAGAAUGAAACAUCAGAACUUCAAACGAAAAAUUUAGAGGGACUGAACUGGUGUGUAAUGCAAUACAUACAAAUGUGACGUCGUGGAAAAACAACAGCAAUCACGGACACGAGUUCAGAUAUUUACUAGUUUAUUUGCAAGUAUUAUUAUUAGCCCGUUUAAUCCCUAUUAGGGCAAGGGCCUCUUGCACAGGGCAAGGAGGCUUACAUUAUUAAGUUGGUCCUCGGGGACCUUAAAAAAACGUGGAACGCUUCAAGAUUUUGCCCGUCAUCCUCGCAUAGGAGCCAUGCUAAUCUUCUCUGUACCGUUCCAAUUUUAGUACAUGCCCUGCAAAAGCAAUAGUUAAACAGUUAUGGAUAGACCCUAUCCCCUGAUUGCAGGAAUUAUUCAAGACCUGCCUGAUUCGUGGCCCCUCGCCUCUCCUUUCGAACUUACGCUUACAGCCUAGUGCUCGGUGAUCGCAGUCGGACGUGGUAGGGAUGGUCCACUGCGGCGUCGCGAUACAUGGGUUGCCCCACGAACAUAGCUCGCCUCCGCACCGCCCGGGGCGCAAGUUUGGUGUGUUCGCAGGAGGUUUUCAGCUCGAAACCCACCCCCGCGCCUUACGCUCUGGCUUAUAUACCUUCAAAUCACGUGGCACGCUACGUCUUGCGUUUGCGCACAGCCCACUCAAUAUCUAUAUUAAGAUUUAUUCAACUAUGCACUUGAUGUAAAUCAGCCGCUCACGGUUUCAUCCAAUCGGGAGCUUGAACGUCCCGAUAGUAGCAUCACAACGUCAUUGUAGCGGCAUGUAAGCUCCCGAUCGGAUGAAGCCGCAACAAUGAUUUACGUCA